AUGACAGACGAUGAUGGUCGUGUGGUGGAGCUGCCUACAGAAUUGGUAAGGGAAGUUGUAAGUUGGCUGCCAGCAAGUACCCUUCUUCGAUGUUCUCGUUCCUUGGCCUCCUUAAACCGGAUGAUAUUAGAUCCUCACUUUGUUAACUUAUUCCAAUCACGAAAUUCUACUCUAUGCACGACCAUAUUAGGUUUCUGUUGUGAUAAAGUUGGUUUCUUGCUGGAAUACCAUCACAAUGAUAAUGAUAAGAAACAUAGCGUGUUUGCCCAUGAACUCGAUAUGGAUCCACCAUGUUUCAGUCAAGAUAACAACACGAAUUCGACGGCUUUGAACGUACAUGAGGCUGUUAAUUCUUGCAAUGGUUGGGUUCUUAUUCGGUCUAAAUACUCUGUUGACGAAUUUGAUGUUUUAUACACGGACAGCUUACACUUGGUAAAUCCAGUCAUUCGUCGUUGUUUCACAAUUCCUUGUGAAACUGGAUUGUGGUUUGAUGAUAACCAUAAACCCGAAUAUGUUUUGGGUUAUGGUCCCAAAACAGGCCGUUAUAAGUUGGUUAGAAUUGUUAACAGGGUAUUUGACGUGUUUGAUGUUGCAUUAGACGGCAAUAAUAGCGAAAAUUCAUGGAGAAGGAUUAAUGAUUUUGAUUAUAAUCAAUACGACUUAGUAGGUGAUCCAGUUAUGUUGAAUGGGGGUAUGCAUUGGCUACUAGCUAAAGUGAAAUCGAUCUUAAGAUUCGACAUUGACAAGGAAAAGUUCGACUUACUUCCUACACCCUUGUUCACCAAACAUAUGUGUAUAGACUCCCUCUACGUGAUGGGUGGAUUGCUCUACAUUGGUGCAUAUAAUUAUAAGUUCAUGGAUUUCUCGUUGGGCCUCGUAAUUUGGGUGAUGAAAGAAGACUCAUCAACAUGGAGUUGUGUUUCGGUGAUACGUGACUUUUGUCAUUUUGAACACCUGGAGAUUGUACAAGUUUUCGACGGAGGGAAGAAGAUGUUGAUGAUGUCGCACAGUAAAAAGAAUUUACAACUUUAUGAUAGGGAAACAGGAGAGAGAACGACGCUCAUAAUGCGAGGAAUCAAUCCAAAGAUGAGGAAAAGGAUGACAUUCCUGCGUUUUGAUCCUAGUUUCUUGUCUUUGAAUAAUAAAAUAUGA